AUGUUGCUCGUGAAUCAUCACCUGUCUUGCCCAUGUCUUUUGUACCUCGUACUUCAGCGUAUCCAAGACGGGAGCAAGCGCGGCGCCAAAGGCAGCGACGCCGGCGUCUGGACCACGGUGGAGGACAGCUGGGAAGACGCAGGCGUUUCUGCGCAGCACGAAGCGGUAGCAGAAAGCAUUGAGUCCACCACAGACCUUUUGCUUAAGCGUGCGGGAGCGAUGCCGGCGUUCGAGGACGAGACUAUUCGCAGGAAGAAGCUCACAAGUGUCGUGUGGAAGACGUUUACGCCCAUUGCCAGUAGUGGAUUACGAGAAGGGCUGAUUGAUUCGGCCAAGUGCUCUGUGUGCAACAAGAUCUUUAGCACGCGACACGGCACGUCGUCAAUGAUGCGACAUGCAAAGCGACAUACAGAGUUCCCACAGGACACUUCCACGGGCAAGAAGGGCAAGAAGAAUAUAAAUGGAGUGGUGGCUAAUGGUGGUGAAGCAUCUGUAGUUCCGGGAACAGCUAUUCUUGGAACGAAGAAGGCCAUGGCGGUGAAGAAAGAAACGGCAGCAGGAGUGCAGCUGGACGAGCAUGCUGCAGGCAUGAAACGGCAGCGGUUGCGUAAUUUAAGCAGCGCGUUGAUUGAGUGGAUCGUCGAUGAUCAGCAGGAUAUUGGUGUGGUGCAGCAAGAACGGUUUCUGGACGUGCUUGCUGUUGCAGGCAUAAGGGCUGUCAUUCCACCUUUAGAUGUACUGCAGAAAGCAAUGGAGCGCAAGUACUAUGCGCUCUUUACGCGUGUAGGUGAGUUCAUCAAUCGUUCUGCAGUCGGCCGCAUCACGUUUUCAUGUGAUACGUGGUCGGGGUUAGUGCAUAAAGGAUAUAUGACCAUUUAUCUGCACUGGAUCAAUGCUGAGUGGGAGUACAAGACCAUUCAGGUUGGUCUAGAAGGUUGUCCGCCGGAGUUUAACGCGUAUUUCAUGUCAGACUUGCUGUUCAAUGUGCUCCAAAACAACUGGGGCAUUGGCAACAAAUUGCUCUGCGGUGUGACGCCGAUGGGUAAUGAGUCUGGAGUCGGCAUGCGCUUUCUUCGUGAAAAGAUUAAAGGAAUUAUAGGAUUAGAUAACAUUUCCCCGGACUGGAACGUGACAUGCCUGGGCCACCUCAUUCAUUUGGGAGUACUAGCGGCGCUAAAGGAAAUUCGCCACGAAAUUGUAAAGCUGCGUUCGUUGCUGUCACUGCUGAAGUCCACGACUGAAAGCCAAGAACACUUUGCGCUGCGUACGACAGAAGUGGGUCUGCAGUACCCCGACCAGCUUCCCAAUAUAGACUCGCCUAAGAACUGGAAAACAACCAUCACAAUGAUCUUGGAGAGCGCUAAGAUCAAGGAUACCAUCAACGCAUUGUAUGGCGAUGCAUCGAAUAGCAUGAGUGUUUUCCUGCUGGAGGAGAUCGAGUGGGAUCUGCUCGUGUGGGUGGCCACUUUUCUGCAAAAGUGCAUGCAGAUGGCCACGUGCCAGAGUGACCAGAAACACAUUUCACUGAGCACCUCCAUCAAUGUCUGCAAGGCGAUCGUGGGGCUAUGUGAGAGCACUGCUGCAUCGGCUUCAGACUUCACGGCAAGUACGUUCACCAAGGUUCAAAAAGUGUGUUUGAACGUAAAAUCUAGCCUCGGGUCGUAUCACACGGAGCACUCGUCCCCUUACUUUCACCUUGCAAAGAUUCUGGAUCCCCGGUUUUCGAACGAGUCCGUGGACAAGACUUCAAAGAAGGCAUUUCUGCGAGAUAUGCUGCGCACAAGUGUCUACGACGCUCUAUCGGACGCAAGACUGGACGACGAACAGGCGCGACAUGACGCCUCCACUGCGUACACCACGUUUGAAAAGCUGUUGGACAUUGGCGAAGGAAUGCCCGAUUACGCGAUCGAUGGUGAUGAGGUGGAUCGAUUUUUUGACGCGACGCUUAUUCGCGACAAGCGAUCGGACCCGUUUAUGUGGUGGAAGUCGAAUGAGACGCGAUUCCCGACACUCGCCAAACUCGCGCGCGAUAUUUUGCCAAUUCCUGCCACCGCUGUACCCAGCGGUGCUGUGUUCACCCGAGCAAACUACGCUCGUGCGGUCAGCACGGACAUCAUUGAAACGAACAGGCUGUUCAAAUUCAACGAGCUUGCCCGUGCAUGGCAGAUCAAGCGCCAGAAUUUCGGCCGCAAGCGACGUCGCGAGUCUUUUGAGUACUUGGACCCACCACUGGAACCUCCCGCGAAAUUGACGUCAUAUGAAGAAAGUAUUUAG